CGCGCGGCAGGUUUGUGAUGUUAUUAGCUGGCAGAGACAGACCGAGACUCCGAGACGAUGACGGCCGCCAGCAAGAAAAAGCCCAAAGAGUCUCAGCAGGAUGAGGAGUAUGUGGACGUCAGCCCUCCGCAGAGGAACUGGAAGGGCAUUGCCAUCUCUUUGCUGGUGAUCGUGGUGGUCUGCUCGCUCAUCACCAUGUCUGUGGUCGUCCUCACACCCGUUGAACUUCCCGGCAGCAGCAAGUCCAGGCUGACUGUGGCAGAUCUUUACAAACCAGAGUUCAGCAUUCACGACCCCGAGGCCAAGUGGAUUAGCGAUUCACAGGUGGUUUACAGGAACCGAGACGGAGAUGUCAUCAAGUUUGACUUUGUCCUGAAUGACACACACGUUCUCCUCAGCAACAGCAUAUUUGUAUCUUUCAAAGUGGCAAAGUACUCCCUGUCUGCAGAUCUAAAGUAUGCGCUCUUUGCCUAUGACGUCAAACGGAUGUACAGAUAUUCAUACACCGCAUCUUAUAUAUUGUACAACAUCUACACAAGGGAGGUAAGGGAGCUGAAUCCUCCCGAGGUCCACAAUGCUGUGCUCCAGCACGCAGCCUGGGGACGACAAGGACAGCAGCUGAUCUACAUCUUUGAGAAUAACAUCUACUACCAGUCAGACGUGAGGAGCAACUCUCUGAGAAUCACCUCCUCUGGGAUGGAGGGAGUCAUUUUCAACGGGCUCACUGACUGGCUAUACGAAGAGGAGAUUCUACAUUCAUAUUUGGCUCACUGGUGGUCUCCUGAUGGAGAACGACUGGCCUUCCUCACCAUCAACGACACACUGGUACCCAACAUGGUUCUUCCCCAGUUCACCGGCAGCACGUACCCCCGAGGCCUACAGUACCCAUAUCCAAUGGCCGGUCACGUCAAUCCUACAGUCAAGCUGUCGGUGGUCAACCUGGUUGGUGCGACGCACACUCAGGAGAUGCAGCCUCCCGAUCAGCUCGCGCUCAGGGAUUUCUAUAUCACCAUGGUGAAGUGGAUCAGUAAUACUCACCUCGCCGUGCAGUGGCUCAAUCGGCCUCAGAACGCUUCUCUGCUUACUGUGUGUGAUGCAACAAUAGGAGUCUGUCUUCAGAGACAUGAGGAGACUUCAGAGACGUGGCUUUCCAGACAGGGACAGGAUCCGCUGUUCUCCAAGGACAGGAGCCGGUUUUUCCUCACGCUGCCUGUGAAGCAGGGAGGUCACGGAGACUUCCACCACAUCACGAUGUUCACCAAGAAGCUGCGAAGCGACCAGGACGAAGUUCGCAACUUGACGUCGGGAAACUGGGAGGUGACAAAAAUUGUGGCGUACGACGAAAACAACCAGACUGUAUACUUCCUGAGCACAAAGGACGCUGCAGAACACAGACACCUAUACAGUGUGUCGACUCUCAGCUCGUUUCCACGGCGAUGCCUCACCUGUGGACUGCGAGAGGGGUGUACCUUCUUCGAUGCCGACGUCAGCCCGGACGCGCAGCACGCCAUCGUGCACUGUCAAGGUCCCGGAGUUCCAGCUGUGCUGCUCGUCAGUCUCGCCGACGAGGACUCGUAUUUCGUCUUGGAGAACAACCUCCCCCUGCGCUCGGCGCUGGAGACUAAAAGGAUGAUUCGGACGGAGAUCACUAACACAACCUUUGGGCUGCCUCUGAAGCUCAUCUAUCCUCCUGACUUCUCUGACUCCUACAUCUACGGCCUUCUUCUUAUUGUCGACAGCUCUCCAGGCACCCAGAUGGUGACGGAGGAGUUCAGGCUGGAGUGGGACUCGGUGCUGGCAGGAUUGGAGCAGGUCAUCGUGGCACGGAUUGAUGGCAGGGGGUCAGGGUUCAGAGGUCAAAGUUUUUCACAGCAGAGGCUCGGCACAGCGGACGUGGAGGACUACAUAGCAGCUCUGAAUUACCUGGCGGAGCGGCCGUUCAUCGAUCGCACUCGUGUUGGAGUCUUCGGCGAGGGCUACGGUGGCUACCUUGCGCUAAUGAUGCUGAAGUCGACAGAGAAGCUGAUCAGCUGCGCGGCUGUUCGCGCUCCCGUCACUGACUGGAGCAUGUACGCCUCAGCCUUCUCAGAGAGAUACUUCGGCUCACCUUCAAUUGACGAGAGCAGAUACCAAGCUUCCAAAGUGCUGUCUGGCAUGAAAAAUCUGGGAGGAACUCUAUUCCUGGUCCACGGCACUGCUGACGCCAAUGUUCACUUCCAGCACUCGGCCGAGCUCAUCAAGCACUUAAUAAAGAUAGGAGCCAACUACACUAUGCAGAUCUUCCCAGAUGAAGGCCACUUCCUGUCAAGACGCAGCCAGAUUCAGCUGACUCACUCCCUAAUUGGAUAUUUCAGAGGAUGUCUCCUCGAUGCGUCAUUGUUACUCAACCAACGGGAUGACGAGUGAGAGGGAACGGGCUCGCUACUGUUUCUGAGCGUGUGUGUGUGUGUGUGUGUUUUAUACCUGUAGCACAAUGUUUGACAGACAGGAAAAGCUUCUUAUUGACAUAUCAGACUAGUCUGUGUCACCUUAGUAGAAAUAAGCUCCAGUUUUCACCUACUGUGAGAGGUUGUCGGUGACUGUCUUUGGAUUUAUCACCUCUUUCUUUUCUUUUGUCCUGGCGGCACAAACAAGCUUGUGAAAGAAACAAUUAGAACUGUUCAAGCUUCAAACUGUGAGAUCUUGUUGGAGUUGUUAAUCGGAGUUCAAAUAUAAUUGAGAAAUUGCAUUUUUUUAACCUUUAAGGUUUAGGUUAGUUUAAAAUCUGUGAAUCCUUGUUGCCUAGAGUUUAACGGCUGAUUCAGAAACCUGUUGUUCAAGGUGUGAUUGAGACGUUCCUCCGUGAAAAACAACUUAAAAUGGUCCAUGUAUUCAAAUAUCACCAACCAGCACAAAAGCCAACUCCUUUUUCCAGUUUAUUCCUGAUCAUUAGUAGAGGAGGAGCUGUUUGAGGCAGUGUCCCAGUGAGGUAGAUGUGUUAAAAUACAGCUAAUGCUACAGUCACACCAGGGAAAACAACAGCAACAAGUGGACGUCCAAUCUUGUUGCCUUUUAAAUUAUUGCUUCGACUUCGGUGUGUUGAGGCAGUGAUGAAACUGUAAGGUGUUUAUCUUACGGUUUAAGGCACCUUGAGGCAACUAUUGUUGUCAUUUGGCGCUAUAUAAAUAAACCUGAAUUAAAUGGCAGUGAGAUGGAGUCGAUCUGCUUUCAGUCUGUGAUUGAAUGGGGUCAAGUUGACAGUUUGAGUUUGUGAGAAUACAGCUGUAAAGGCUGAUAAAUCAGAUAAAAUCAAAGAUCUUUUGCCAACUACGUGCACAGAACCUCACACCAGUCACAACAUCACAGAUUUGAAGCAGAAAUUCCUCGACAGAUAGUAACAUAGGGGCUUUUUAUUUAUAACAAUACAACCAGUUGAGUCGAGCCUCUUAUUGCAAAGCAUCUCAGAGUUGUACCAGGAGUUACUGCAACAUGUUGGCAAACAAUCUGAGAGCGAUUGCAGCCGGUCAAAAGGCAGCCUGCAAGUGUUUGGAGACAAUCAUCACAGUUUGUGCUUUGGUGUCAUGGAAUCAUUACACUUUUUAUUAGCAGUGUUGGUGGAUAUGAAAACUCAUUUUCACGAGACCAACCACGAAGGGACUCGCACCCUCAAUUUUCUGAUCCGAAGUCUGACGCCAUACCCAUUAGGCCAAGUGGUCACACACUGAAGCACAGACUUACUUCUGGUAUGGUUUGUAAAGACGGGACUCUUGGCUCACACCUUGCAUCAACUGUUGUGUCUUUCUCAAAAUAUUAAAGCAUAAUGAUACCAACCUGACCCAGAGGUCAAGAAUCUUCCAGAGCUGAGAGGAUAAAAAAGUAGAAAAACAUCAGUUUUAUAGAUAAAGCCAUGAUUAAAAACCCGACUUCAAGGACGUUUUCAGGUCAUGUUGUUACCUUCUUUUUCCUUUUGAUGCACUUCUCAUUUCCCCGGGUGUUUGUGAUGCUAUCCUGUGGAUUAUUUAUGUGGGGGCAACUUACAAAUUUGACUCAUCAAGCUUAUAGACAGCAAUAGUGCUAAACAGAUGUACGACAGUUACAAGAUCUUUUUUUAAGCACGCUAUGUUUCCUUGUCCUUACUGAAAUAGAGAGUUAUUUAUUUAUUUAUUACAUCUAAGAGUAGAUAUUUACCAUUUCACACCAGUUUUUUUGGUGUUGUGCAGGUGUGGAGGAGCUUGAUAGCUACUCAUAGUUUGGCCUGGACUACAUUUCAGGACACAGCCUACUUUGGUUUAAUUUUUCUCAUGGGUAUUUGAGCAGAUCUGUUGCAGGUUAAAUGGUGACAUUUGGCUUAUAAUGUAUAUUUUAUGCUGUAAUUUCUUUGUUUUUUUUAGGUAGCUGCAGGCCGUUCUGUUUUUGUAUAUUUAAGUAUGUGGUCCAAAACUUGGUUUAGAAUCACCUUUGACUGAUUAGGUGCCAGAAGUUUUCACUGUAUUUGGUUCUGUUGUUCUCCAACUUCAGUUUGUGCGUUUCCAGCUGCUUCAAGUCUUUUCUUUUCUUUCGUAAAUACAUCGUGGUUGUAGUGUUAUCCAGAAAACACUGCAAUAAAAGCAUAAUAAAUGUUAUGCCAAUACGACGCCCGAGAGCGCUCCUCGCUGUGAUUACGGCUCUGAGAGCGAUUCCCACAAUUACCGCUCGGCCGCUCACAAGUGCCAUCAAUCACAGAGACGAGCAUCCUCGGCGAGGUUCAUCUCCACGCGAGGAUAAGAACAGUUGCAGGGGUUGGUGUGCGUCGGGGGUGAAAAAUCCCCCCAGUGCUUGGCUUGCAGGUAGUUGCCAUGACAACUGUUUUGGUAGCCCAGGAUACGGCCGCUCUCAUAAUUCAUUCAGAGAUGAGCGCUUUGCAUCACGAGCAAACAGCUACUGAUGCAACAUACUCAAAGCCAUAUGUAUCUGUGCUUUGUAACAUGGAGUCCGGUUUAAAGAGGGAGAGCAUGUGAGGGGAUGGAUUUUGUU